CGAAAAAAAAAAUCUACAGCAGAAACUUGUUUGACUUUUUUGUUUUUGUUAGUGUUGUUUGUUCCUCCUAUGACCUUUUAUCUACAUAAUUGAAUAAAUGUUGUCUUGAAAAUGUGUAAACAAGUAUUGUAAAUGGCGGGAGUCUUAUUGUUGUCCUGAGUGUUCUAUAGUGUCUAUUUCCAGUGUAAUAAGCUUUACAUUUACUUUUUUGUAAUAUAAAUACGUAGAAGGUAAUCUGUUUUGGUCGGAAGAUCAAAGAAACCAAACCAAGACCUAAAUAUACCACUGGAUAACUACACAUAUCUGAAAAUGAGCAGGCCUAAAAGUUAUCGUAGUGAAACUUAUGUGAAAAUUAUUGAUUUAAUAUUUAUAACACUGGAGAAAGAUAAAAUUGUCAGAGGUUUCCUCAGGAAGUAUAAAGAUGUAUUUGACAUAGAUCCAUUGAUGGUUGAGAAGGACAUCAAUUAUAAAAUUAAAGCACUGUUUAAAGUUACACCUGUUGUGAAAAUAUUGAAACAUGAUCUUUCAAAAAUUGCUAAUAAAACCAAAUUUUUGUCACGAAUUGGAUUGUGUUCUGUGAAUAAGAUUUAUAGUUUGAGAACUAACAAUAAUAAUAAAGAUAAAAAGGACACAACAUUUCAUUUAAACAGAGAAGUUAAAACUUAUGGAACUCAAGCUAAUAAAUCAAGACAAUCGCGCACGCGUACAGAUUACUCUCGUCUGGAGGAUCAGUUAAUUGUAGAUUGGAUACUGAAACAUCAAAAAGCCGAACUUGUAAAAGGGAACAGCAUUUGGAGAGAAAUAGAGCCAUAUCACCUUAUAAUUACUGGCAUAAAGCGUUCAUGGCAAUCACUCCGUAACAGAUACAUACGCUCCAUAUUGCCGUUUCUUCAUAAUUAUUCGGUGACUGCACAGCAAGCAUCCGAGCUUCGCGCUGGUGCUGCAACAGGUAGUAUAUCAAAGCGAACCACACCCAGAUCAGCCGCGCGUUGAAGCGUAAGGCUGAAAUGGGAACGCCAUCAAAAAAAAGGAAGCAAGAGUAUCCCGAUAUAGACAUAUUAAAUCUUUUUAAUUGAAAACUCCUUAGUUUCAAAAAUCGAAUACCAUUUUAUUAUUAUUUAUUUAAAAAAAGAUUCUCGGUCUUGUCAAACUUUUUUUUUUUAUAACUGGUUCCGUCGACUAAAUGUCGACGAUUCGGCCAACGUCAAGGUGGAGAGAUUUUUUAUUUUAAUUUAGAUGUUUGAAGUAUAUAAAGAGCUGAUUUAAAAGGAAAUGAUCGGUUGAUAUAGCUGUGGUUUUUUUGUAGAAUAGGCAACUAGAGUUAGUACGGUUAGUAAUAAACACCCAUAACACAACAAUAUUAACUACCUUGUUAGUAUCUAAUCUAAGUUUAAGUGAGAAAUGUGUGAAUGUAAGUAGGAAUAUGUGCCUAAUAGAAGCGUAGAAAGUAUGGAGGAUAGAAAUUACAAUUUAAUAUUAUUGUGGGAGAUAAAUUUGUAAAGAAUCUUUAUGAAAGGGGAAUGGCAUAAAGUAAGAAGAAAAGGGAUGUUGAUGGGGCGAGGGAUAUCCUUCGGUAGAAGGUCAUAUAAAGGAAUUGACAAUUUAGCACAAUAGAAAAAAAUAUGUUCAAGAGUACCUUCCUCAAGGCCACAUUCACAUAUAGAAUGGUCCCUUACCCGGAUCUUGGCCAAAAUACUGGGGAACAGACAAAUCCCAAGCGAAGUCGUAUGAUGACAGAAGUGAAAAGUUUAUUUUGUUUUUUUUUUUUUGUGGAAAGAACCAGGGCUUAGAGGGGAUAAAGGGUUGGAUAGAACCAUAGAAUUUACCUUUAGUUUGCUUUGUGAUUUGCCAUAAAGCAUUCCAUGAAUCAGCCAGAAAGUAUUUAGACAUAGCGCGUAGAUCUCGAGGAAAACAGUAAUUAAAUUUUAAUGUUCCAGACUGAAUCGCGUCUUUAGCGCACGAGUCUGCAAUUUCAUUGAAGCUCAAGCUUCAAUUUCAAGCUCAGUGAUGAUCCCCGUCAAGGUCGCCCAAAAACUGCAGACACUGCGUUGAUGCUGUGCGUAAGUUGAUUGAGGAAGAUCGACAUGUGACAUACCGCGAAAUUCGGGCAACUAAAUACAAAUAAUCUACCAUGAACAAUUAGGUGUAAAAAAGUUGUUUUGUGUUGUGAAGAGCAAAAAGCGGCUCGCGUUACUUGGUGCGUCAGAACUCUCGAAAGAUUCCACGCAGGAUCCUCAAAUGCUGUAUACAACAUCGUAUCAGGUGACGAAUCCUGGAUAUACGCGUACGAACCCGAAACAAAAAAUCAGUCACGAGUUUGGGUGUUCGAAAAUGGGUUAAAGCCAACAAAAAUUGUUCAUUCACGGAGUGUUGCAAAAAAAAUUGUGGCCACGUUUGUCUCCAAAACCGGCCAUGUUGCGACUAUUCCUCUUGAGGGACAAAGAACGGUUAAUGCAGAAUGGUAUGCUAGCAUUUGUUUGCCACAGGUCGUUUCUGAACUCUGUAAAGAGAACCGCCGUAUCAUCCUCCAUCACGACAAUGCGAGUUCUCACACCGCGCACAGAACAAAAGAGUUUUUAGAGCAAGAAAACAUAGAAUUAUUAGACCAUCAGCCGUACAGCCCCGACCUAAGCCUUGAUGAUUUCUAUACUUUCCCUAAAAUAAAGAAUAAAUUGCGUGUCAGAGAUUUUCAUCACCUGAAGAAGCGGUGGACGCCUACAAAACGGCCAUUGUGGAGACCCCCGACCCGAAUGGAAUAGUUGCUUCGUUGCGUCUUCCCCGCAGAAAACUGAGUUUAUUUCGGCUAAUUUCGGUCAUCUCCCAGUUUUACCGUGUGAUACCUCUUGACAACUCGGUGUCUCACAGAUUUGGACGUUUGCACUGCAUAUUUAUUUAUUAUAUACAGACACUUUAUCAUAUAAUAUUACAUUACAUUUGGUCCCUACACUUGGCGUAGCAUGUCCUGUAGGCAACCAAUUUACAUCCUAAGGUUAACAAUAUGAACCGAAAGGUCAAAAAGUGCACUCUGUAUAUGUCUGUGUGUCUCUGGGUGUGUGUGUAUGUGUGUGUGAGGGUGGGUGUGAGUGAGUGUGAGUAUCUGAUUAAUCAUGUUACAAAGUAUUAACAUUAUAUGAAUGCUAAGUUAUCACUUUAAGAAUAGCUUCCAUGUCUGCAUAAGUGAGUGUGUGUAACCAUCUCUGUAUUUUAAAUUUGACCUGAUGGACCGAGCAAUUUUUAAUAGAACAUUUUAAAUUUACCUUAAUGUAUAUAUAUGUAUGUAAGAAUGGGCUAAAUCUACUGCAAAUGUUGUAUUUAUUAUUGGUGUUGGAAUCUUGUACGAACGGCUAUCUUGUAGGUUUUUAUAAUUAGGCAAAUUCAAGACCUCCUUAUGCAUGCUUGUCAUAACACGCAAGAUAAAUAUACCUCGGACAGAAAGAAGUUCUAACUCUUUAUAUAGUUUAUGUGUUGGAUAUCUAAUAGGUUUUUUAAAAAUCACUUUAAGGACAGCUCUCUGUGCUCUUUCUAAGAGUAUCAUGUGUGAAGUAGCCGCCCCUCCCCAUACGGUGAUACAAUAAGAUAAUACAGAUUGACCGAUUGCAAAAUAAAUGGUUUUUAGCAGAUUUAAAGAUGCCGAAGCGCGUAAGUUCUUAAAUAUAUAGAUCAUCUUGCGGACUCUUUUCGCUGUUGUAUUAAGAUGUUGCUUAAAGUUUAAGUUUUCGUCCAUGACGACUCCUAAGUAUUUUAUAUGAGUAGUUCUACUAAUACUAUUGCAAGAGCAAGGGCCAGAUAGAGCAACAGGACAUGUGUGGACUUUAAUAUCGUCGCUAUUGUUCGAAAAUCACAGUUUCAUGGUACACAGGUCAGCGACAAGGCGACGACGAGCUCGCGACGCGACGAAUAAACUUGUAGGUAUAUAACAAAUGUUUAUAAUGGUUUCGACACUUAGUUUUUAAAUUAUAUUGUUUAUUGUUGCACUAUUUGAACACUUUCUGUAAUUCUGUUUAUGCCACUGGUUUACUAACUUUCUUUAGAUUAAGGUAAUAAAAGUUUUUGACAAGAACGGUAACCCUUUACACUAUUUAUGAAUUAAAUAACUUGGAGUGAGCAAGUAAUGGUGUGCACUUGUUGACGUUUCCGAAUUUGGUAGGUGUGCGAGUUAUUUUAAAGUAAUAGCCCUAGCAACUUGAGUGGCUUUUUCUCGUAGAAGUCGAGGUAAAACGUAAAAAUAAAUUAAACACAAAUUCGAAGUUGGUAAAAUUCCGCUAUAUGCAAAUACACAUUAAUAACAUAAUUAUAAUAAAUUCAAUUCGAAAAAAAGAACAUACUACAACUUUCUCCUUUUUCCUUAUAAGAUUUCUUUAUACUUGUUGCCUAGUGGCACAAUAAGAAAAUCAACCUUUUUCAUGCGUUCCGCUAAAUUUGUCCAUGAGUUACCUAUUCAUAAUGGAACUAUUAUUGACCGAAUUUGUACCUUACUAUGUCUGUUCAAAAAGGACUCUGGAUAUAUAUCUUUUUUGUUAUUUUUUUUAUUUGCGUUAAGUAAUUAUGAAUUUGAUUAGUUUGUUUAAAUAAGAUUAAGAGAUCUUUGAUUAUAUAGUACUACUAGAUGGCAUGAUAUCAGUUGCAAAUAUUAAUGACGCCUACGAGGCUGCAGAUGGUAGGUUCAGGCCAAAGCCAUGAGUCUCGAAGCUCCCUUAGUAUAGGAAUCUCUUUCUCGUGAGUGAUAUAUAAUUAUUUAUACUACACAUAUAUGGAAGUUCUUAACUUUCAAAAUAUUACAGAGACUUUUAGCAGCUCUUAUAUAAAUUAAACUAAGUGUAUAAGUCUUAGUCUUCCGAUAAUCUCAAAUAUUCAUAAGCUUAAAAAAAACACUUGAACUCUACAAACUGAAUUAUCAUCCUCUCAAUUAUGAAUGAAUUAUCAAUCAGUUGUGUUGAUUUGAUUUGGCUGACCACAAUUCAAUUUGAUUUGGUUUCAAAAUUUGGAUUGAGCUUUUCGCAGUGUUUCAAGGCAAUAUUACAUGGUAAAUCUUCACAUGAGUACACUUAAGGAUUUUGGUCCCCUAAAAGUUAUUUUCACCUUUACGGUCGUAAGACUACUCUUACUUAGUAUGUAAAUAAGGUAAUUAUAAUCAUGGUUUUAAAUAUGUAUAACAUAUUAUGUAGCAAGAUAAAAAAAUGUCACACAUAAAAUGUAAACAUUUACCCCCUUGUUCAUAAUAGUCUGCUAACUUAAAGCAUUGCUAAUUCUCACUCUGUCUUCUUCUAUUGACCUAAGUCAGAAUGAGAAAAAACACUCCUAAGCGGCUGUUUAAAGUUAGCGGACCAUUAUGAAUAAGGGGGAUAAAAUAUAAUUUGUGGAUGUAACCAGUUAUAAUAGCUAUUGUGUGUAUAAUGUAGUGUGAUUUUUGUGUCUCUUUUUUUUAGUGUUAUAUGUAAGGUUCCUUCAUUAUCUUUAUAUACAUUUGAUAUAUUGUGGAACAUUAAAUAAUGUAUCUCAUA